GUUUUGAGAAAUGAAAAGUAAAUGUGAGAGAGUGUUGCUGUAAUCUUCUCCGUUCGUCCUAAAGAUUAACAUGCUGAAGUAAAUGGCAUUGUGGGCUGUGUUUAUAUGGUUUUGACUUUUUUGCCUGGUGGCCAUUUCCCAGACUCAGAAUCAUAUUUGGCAUUCUAACGGCAUAGAUCUGCAAUACUUAUGUGAAAUGUCUUAUUUUAAGUGCAAUUUGUAAUUUGAAAAUGAGAGUGUGAAGCACUUGCAACCUGCUUCCAUUUUGAAAUCCAGAAAUUUUGGGAUAAGUACGCUGAGAAGGUAAUCUUGAAUGGUAUAAAAUGGAGAACUAUGAUGUGUUGGAGCAGAUUGGGAAAGGCUCAUUUGGUUCUGCAUUGCUUGUUAGGCAUAAACAAGAGAAGAAGAAGUAUGUUCUGAAGAAAAUCCGCCUUGCUCGUCAGACUGAUAGAACACGAAGAUCUGCACACCAGGAGAUGGAGCUUAUUUCCAGAGCGCGAAAUCCAUAUAUUGUGGAGUACAAAGACUCCUGGGUGGAAAGGGGUUGUUAUGUUUGCAUUGUGAUUGGGUACUGUGAAGGCGGAGACAUGUCCGAAGCCAUUAAAAAGGCAAAUGGAGUUCAUUUUUCUGAGGAGAAGCUUUGCAAGUGGCUGGUUCAACUGUUGAUGGCACUUGAUUACUUGCACACCAACUAUAUUCUACAUCGUGAUGUCAAGUGUUCAAACAUAUUUCUGACAAAAGAUCAGGACAUACGUUUAGGGGAUUUUGGCCUUGCUAAAAUACUGACUUCUGAUGAACUAGCUUCUUCUGUGGUGGGCACACCAAGUUACAUGUGCCCUGAGCUUCUUGCUGAUAUACCUUACGGUUCAAAGUCGGACAUCUGGUCCUUGGGAUGCUGCAUUUAUGAAAUGGCUGCUCACAAGCCUGCAUUUAAAGCCUUUGAUAUACAAGGUUUGAUCAACAAAAUAAAUAAAUCCAUCGUAGCUCCACUUCCAGCUAUGUAUUCUGGUCCCUUCCGUGGACUCGUCAAGAGUAUGCUUCGCAAAAAUCCCGAGAUUAGACCAAGUGCUGCAGAUUUGCUGAAACAUCCACAUCUCCGGCCCUAUGUACUAAACGUUCAUCUCAAGUCGAACAAUCCUAGACGACACACUUUUCCCACUCUAUCAUCUGAACCAAAUUUUGUCAAGAAAACAGCAUUUACUACAGACUCAGAAGCUUUCAAAAGAGAGAAAAGGUUGUCGUUCGGCAACAACAGGGCUCUCAAUCCCAGCAUAUCGGGAAAUGACCUGGACACUCCUUGUUCCUCUGAAAGAGCUCACAAAUCAUUGAGCCAUUCAAAUGAGAAAUUUUCGGACUUGUCAAUUGGCAGUGUAGUUCAGGACAUAGGCGUGAAGAAACCGGUAAUGGCAAAGUUCUCAGGUGCCACUGCCUUGAAAACCCCAAGAACUGUAUCGGCCAAGGCUUACAAUGCAAAUCCCAGAAGACACUCAUUGACCCCAUCCAGAAUAUCGAAUCCUGGCUCAACCCGCGAAUUGCUCCCAGUUUCUCACACACCGGCCCGAAAGCCCUCCCUCCCGAUGGCCCGCCGGGCUUCCCUCCCUCUCUCCUCACAAAGAGCCGCCCCUCCAUCAUCCCCGUACAAGCCCCUUCUCGGUGGGGCCCACUCUCCCGACGUGUCGGUCAACGCCCCGCGCAUGGACAAGAUGGUCGACACCUCGAUUUCCGUGCAGUGCUCGUUCAACGGCCGCUCCAUCACCAAGGACAAGUUCACGGCCGCCGGUUACAACGGUAGCGACUGUUCGGUCGAAAACGACCGCUGCUCGUCUUCCAACAACUCGCGCCUGCGGAAAUUCAACACCCGUUCGUACCAGCAGCGGGCCGAGGCUCUGGAAGGGUUGCUCGAGUUCAGUGCGCAGCUGCUGCAGCAGGAGAGGAUUGACGAGCUGCAGGUGCUUCUAAGGCCGUUUGGGCCAGAGAAGGUGUCACCUCGGGAGACUGCUAUUUGGCUAACAAAGAGCUUCAAGGAGAAUGUCGUGUGAUGCGGGUUGGGUUGGGCCGGGUUGUUGUAGAUUUAAUGGCUAAUGUAGAUGAAUUUGGUGAAUUUGUUGGUGGUUUCUGUUGUUGUUGCUAAUGUAGAUGAUGGAUGAAGCUUUUAGGUGAGGGUUUAUGGUGGUACCAUUUGAUGAUGAGAAGACCUAUUUUCUCAAUCCAAAUGUGCAUGAAAGACUUGUUCAUGGCAGAAGGUAGAAAAAGUAGGAGGAUUUGUGUAACUUUUUUAACUAGGAGGAGCUCUUGGUGCUGAUGGAAUCUUAUCUUUCUCGACUCAAACUAGAGCUGUUAAACGAAACGAGCUGCUCGUCAGCUUGGCUCGGAUGGUUAAAAAUUGAGUUCGGGUCGCCUCGUUUGAUAAAUGAGUCGAGCUCGAGCUCUCUUAAAGCUCGAUUCGUUAAAUUUUAUUUUCUGGCUAGUUAAAACUCGAGAUCAGUUUGAACUUGGCUCGUUAAUAUUGAUAAACGAGUCGAGUUCGAGCUCAAUUUUUGGCUCGUUAAGGGUUCGAGCUCGAGCUUGAACUCAAUUUGGCUCAACUCGUUUAAAGCCUAGUCUCAUCCUAAAAUAGUUUUACAAUUAUUCAUGCAUUUAAUUGCUUUUUAUAUUCCUAUAUAUCCUUGAAACGUAAUAUUAAG